AUGAGUAUUAUAAGAUUUGCGUUUCUAGGCGCCGUCGUUUUCAAUGGCAUUGCCGCAUCACCGCCUCCUGAUCUUUCCUGUAUAAUUGACGAUCCUUAUAAGAUCAAGAACGCCACUUUCGAUUAUAUUGUUGCUGGUGGCGGCUUAACAGGCUUAACAGCUGCUGCAAUCCUCUCGAAAAACCCCAAUAUAAGUGUUCUAGUCAUUGAAGCAGGCUUUUAUGAAUCUGACCAAGGUCCACUCGUUGAAGAUGUCAAUGAGUACGGGAAAAUCUUUGGUAGCACAGUCGAUUGGGCAUUCGAAACACUUAAUCAAACAGCAGAUAUUCCUCAGCAGACGAUCAGAUCUGGCCGAGGUCUUGGAGGAUCAACUCUUAUAAAUGGCGCCACUUGGACACGCCCGCACAAGAUCCAAGUUGAUUCAUGGGAGAAGGUUUUCGGAAAUACAGGAUGGAAUUGGAAUAACUUUUCGACGUAUAUGAAGAGUGCCGAGGAUGUUAGAAAACCAAACGAUGCAGAGAUUCGGGCUGGCCACAAUUUCAUUUCGGAGUGCCAUGGAAAACACGGCCCUGUUCAUGUUGGCCCUCGCAAUACUCGAGCACACUAUUCACCAUUGAUGAAGGCCCUCAUGGAUACUGUUGCUUUGAGUGGUAUCCCGACGAAGAGAGAUUUCAGCUGUGGCAACCCACACGGCGUGUCGAUGUUUCCCAACAGCCUACAUGCCAACUGGAAUCAGACUAGAUCCGACGCCGGUCGAGAAAUGCUUCUCCCAUCUUGCUCUCGGUCUAAUCUCAAAGUAUUGGUCGGUCAAGUAGUUGGGAAAGUACUCCUCAAUUCUCAACCCGAGGCAAUUCAAGCACACGGCGUUCAAUUUGGCACAAACCGACAUUCCAAUUUUGAAGUUUAUGCAAGACAUGAAGUUCUUCUAGCGGCAGGAGCAUUAUCAUCACCAUUGAUUCUCGAAUAUUCCGGAAUUGGUAUUAAAAAAGUGCUGGAAAAUGCUAAUGUUAGUCAAGUACUCGAACUGCCAGUCGGCAUAAAUGUACAAGACCAAACAACCACCACUGUCCGGUCCGAGAUAAAUGAUCUUGGCUAUGGACAAGGUCAAGCUAUUUACUUCGCCACAUUCAAUGAGACCUUUGGCAAAUACUCUUCCUUAGCCCAUAACCUUUUGAAUAAAAACCUGAAGCGAUGGGCUAGAGAGACCGUGGAUAAUGGAGGCUUCAACAAUAUUACAGCCCUCAUAAUUCAGUACGAGAACUACCGCGACUGGCUUACCAAAGACAACAUUGCGUAUUCAGAGCUCUUCAUGGAUACAGAAGGCGCCAUUAACUUCGACCUUUGGACUCUCAUCCCAUUCACUCGUGGGUUUGUGCACAUCCUUCACAGGGACCCAUACCUCCGCCAUGUAAUGACCAACCCACGAUACUUUGGGAAUGAGUUAGACAUCUUAGGCCAAGCUGCUGCUUCAAAGUUAGCGCGUGAUCUUUCGGACGCAGGCAGCAUGGCUCGUUUUUAUGAAAAAGAAGUCAUUCCAGGCGCCACUAAACUAAAACCUGAUGCCAAUCUCGAUGAAUGGAUAUCCUAUGUCAAGCAGAACUUCCGUCCUAACUAUCAUAAUGUCGGCAGUUGCUCGAUGAUGGCAAGAGAACUGGGUGGGGUGGUGAACCCGCAGGGAAAAGUUUAUGAUGUUCAUGGAUUGAGGGUUAUUGAUGCCUCUGUGGUUCCUACACAAGUGAGCGCACACAUAAUGACUGUUUUAUAUGGUAUGGCGGUGAAAAUCAGCGCCGACAUCAUGGUGGACUAUCAUGUGAAGAUGGAGAAGAGUAUGUUAGAGACGGCCAAGCUUGAAUUGAAAUGA